AGGCCGAUCUAAGACAAUCAGAGGAGCUUCCAAUUCUCACUGUCAACAACGUCAAUCACUCAUUUCCGCUCCAAACACAUACACUCUUUUGAUAUCAGAUCUUGGUUUCAAGUUCCAACCUCGCCAUGACGCCGACAACGCCGUCGCCGCUGAAGGCCGUGACGCUAACCCACGUCCGUUACCGGAGAGGUGACCGGCUAGGCUACUUCCUCGCGUGGGUUUCCCUUGUACCGGUCUUCAUCAGCCUCGGCGGCUUCGUCUCGCACUUCAUCUUCCGCCGCGAGCUUCAGGGAAUGUUCUUCGCCGUAGGCCUCAUCAUUUCACAGUUCAUCAACGAAUUCAUCAAAACCUCCGUUCAACAAGCUCGACCCGAAACCUGCGCUCUCCUCGAAACCUGCGAUUCACAUGGAUGGCCCUCAAGCCACUGCCAGUACAUGUUCUUCUUCGCCACCUACUUGACCCUCUUGUUUUCUAACGGAAUCGGUUUCUGGGGUUUCCGUAACAACAUCGUCCUCAACGUUAUCACAUGGUCUCUCGCCUGGUUGACUAUGUAUUCUCGGGUUUAUUUGGGUUACCACAGUGUCGCUCAGGUCGUUGCGGGUACUGCUUUGGGGGUUUUUCUUGGUGCGGUUUGGUAUUGGGUUGUUAACACUGUUUUGUUUCCUUACUUCCCUGCUAUUGAAGAGAGCGCGUUUGGGAGGAGGUUCUAUCUGAAGGACACUUCUCACAUCCCCAAUGUGUUGAAGUUUGAGUACGAGAAGGCCAGGGCUGAAAGACGAAACAUGGCCUCCAAUUCUAAGCCUGAAUGAUUCUGAUUCAUGGGCAGAUUGCUCCGAAAUGUUCUUCCCGGACUUGUUUUCGUGAGUUUUGUGGCGUUAUUACUUAAUAACUUUCUUCUCUGGAGCAUUUCACUUUAGAAGCCAGCCGACUCAGGUACAUAUGGCAUCUUUGAAGAAAGCAGCAGAACAAACAGAGAUAUUUUAGGCCUAUAAUGCCUAUAGAAAUAGAACUGAUGUAACAAUAGAUGGUUAUCCGAUGCUAUGGAUAGACACUUGAAUAUUUUGUCUUGUUUUCUCUUGGGGUUUAGACGAAGAUAUAUUGAUACAAGCACAACUAGGGGAAUAUUUUUUCCCAAAAUUGAUCAGGGCGUUGUCUAGUAUGUUUUAUUAAAUAUUAUAGGCGCAAUUUUGUUUGAAAAAUCUUAUUAUAUUUGUGUUACAUUACGUUGGGAGGGUUUUUUAAGUUACAGUAGAAGAAUUAGUUUCACAGUAUUGUGAUAU